AAAAAAACAUGCAAACGCUUUUUGUUGUCGGCUGCCUGCUGAUGUAGCCUAGUGCGUGUCACUGAACAACUGUGUAGCGCAGAGAAAGGGAGAGAGAGAGAGAGGCUAUUCACCUCCAACCGGCACCAGCACAAUGCAUUAUCUAAGCAGGUUGUACGGCGCAUUCUAAACAGAUAGCGGCACAGACUGUUCUGAGUCUACAACCACGGAGAAACAAACAUCACAACAACCGGACCGUCUUGAGUAACGGAAGGGGAAGGUAGCCUUUUUAGCAGCCUACCGCUACGCAUGUUGACGCUAGCUAUACUCUGUAACAACCCCCUGUUUUCUCUCGCUCUGUCCGUCUUUAUCAAGGACUGCGAAGGACGAACGGGAAAGUAAAAAAAAGUAUUCGUUGAGAUAGUCACAUGACCUACAGAAUUUACAAGCUGUCAGUACCGGCUCACGGAAUGGAAAAGCUUUCCGGCCGGCGUCGCAGCUACUUGAAAAUAAUUGGGUAAUAACGGAAUAUCUUCAUACUGGAAAACAAAAACAAAUGGCAGAAUAGAUGAACACGAAUUUACACGAACACGGCUCCAUUCAUGUGUGAACUAUUUUCCCAUUAGGUAAGACAAACCUGAAUAUUUGAACGGACGUGAGUGACCUUGUUUCAAGGGCUAGAGUUACUGCAACAUCCUGUUUCUCUCUACAUUCUCCGGGGGAUUUAUUUGGCACCAAUCGGCGACUUUGAUGAAUUAAACCGGGACGAGAAUUCUGGACUAAAGACCGUGAAUAAUAAAUAGUGCGCUCAACCGUGCGAAGUUCCUCUGAUAGCCCCGCCUACCCCAGCAUGACCCACAUUACUUAGUUUCGGAGGGAUGACAUUUCGAGUACGGGUACCUGUCUUUUGGCUUUGACAGACAACAAUUGACGUUCAACUCCAUUGAACCUUGAAGGACGUGAAGUACCUGUCACUCAGUUUGCCAUUGAAUAACGGAAACGAUGGGUUAUUAUAAAGGCUGCGUAAAUGUGUAUUAGGCAAUGAUAGCCUAUAUCAAGGUCUUGAUUGCUGGAUGUGUCUAAAUCUUUUGGACUUACCUGGGGGUCAAGAAACAACUGAGAGGAGACAAUUAUCAUGAGCGUUUCCCUCUGAAGCACUGGAUUAAGGGAAUUUCCUGUAUAACACCUGUCUUUUUUUUUUUUUUUACAUGCGGAAGAAUAAUUCUACUGACUCAGGGAAUUUCAUGCUCAUGAAAACCAUUUUCAUUAAUGGUGCUAUAAGGAUUACACUUUAUGAAACUUGCAUUUGGUUUUGAUACUGUUAUUGAGAUCAAAGGUUUGCAUGAGAAGGGAAUUUUUGACAAUGAAAAAGGGAGAAAGGAAUUGACAGGAAAUCAUCGGGGAUUAUGACAUCAGAUGCUGUCUGUCAAUGAUCAAGAGGACCAUGCUGUGAUUGACAGCUAGAUCAAUAAAAGCCAGCCAAGAGGAUCUGAGGGCAUUUUUAUGGCAAUGACGACAAAAGAACAAGUGCUUUUAAGGACAGAGCAAGUAGAGCGUGUUCAACCCCUCAACAGAGAUUUAUUGGAGCCAACCAAUCAUCAAACAGUCCGUCCUUCUCCUCAUCCAAUCAUGUUCUUGAAUUGCGGCCAAUUGCUGCCACCCCUGCUGCGGCACGCGGAUGUCCCAGCCCGCAUCACGGAGAGCUUCAUCCUGUCCGGUUACCGCUUCCCCAACUAUAGCCUCGCCCAAUGCCUGCUCUCGGCCUUCCGGCCCACCAAUGAGACCGGCAACUUCUGGACCCAUUUCCUGCCAGUCUUCAUCUUUGCCUUCUACUUCCUGGAGCCGUUCGGUUUGGAGGGCGCUCCGCCCACCGGCGACCCUUUCUUCUACCCGCUGUGGAACUACUUCACGGGGGUGUUGUGCCUGUUGAUGGCUAGCAGUAUGGCUCAUCUCCUCAACUCCAUGUCUCUGGUCAUAAGGGAGGUGUGCUUUUUCGUAGAUUAUGGAACCAUCAGUGCUUACACCGUCGGGUCUUCUUUGGCCUACUACUACUAUAUCCACCCCAGGGCGGGGAUCCUGGAAUUGGGGAUUGGGAGACACAACAACACCCACCAGGACACUUCUUCGUCAUCGUCAUCAUCGUUGUCCUCGGCCAUGCCAGAGUUCAGCGUGUUUUUCGAGACUUUAUACAUCCCCAGCUCCUGCCUGGUGGCCAUCAUCUGUGUCUUGGCCUGCUGCAACACCCGCCAGCGCUGGAGGACCUACCGCUAUAUCAUACGUACCCUAGUCUUCCUCCUACCCUUCCUCGUGGCCUCCACGCCCAUCUUCUACCGCCUCCUCCACUCCUCCCCCUACCUCCCAACCUCCUCCUCCUUCUCCUCCUCCGCCUCCAUGGCUCAGUUCUUCUGUCGACACUGCUUCUGGCUGGUGGUGUCAGCCCUGUUCAACAUUAGCAAGAUCCCUGAGCGACUGUCACCCGGUAGGUUUGAUAUCUGGGGUCAUAGUCACCAGUGGUUCCACGUCUGCACCUUCCUGUCCAUCCUCGAUGAACUUCAUAUGAUCAAUGGGGAGGUGAGGGCUAUACUCCUUCACCCAGUCCUGGUGGUCCCCCCAGCCACCCCUCCACACCUCCCCGGCCCCACCUUAGCCUCCACCUACGGGGUGAUGCUGGUCCUCCAGGCCUCCAUCGCCUCCAUCAUCGCCUGGUUCUCCUGGUGCGCCAACAGCAUCUACAAACCCCAGGGAGACCAGUUGGAGAAAGAGUUCCUCACUAAAAGACAUCUGAAGUGUCACUGAUAUUGGGGUCUGAUUUGAUGAAGACCUCUGACUUUAAUUUCAAGAUGAAGGCCAGUCAUUUAGUAGAUUUAUUGACUUCAUGUAUUUCAUCACUUGAACAAUGCAGCACAUAUCGUUUAUGGAGGUUCAAGAGGUUACCACUCACGUAAUAUAAAAAAAAGUAGCAUGUUGUUUUCAUGUAUUGUUUUCAUUUGUAGUCACUCUGUAACAUUCACUAGUUCUGUAGCCUACUUUGUCUUUACCUUCACCCAGUGGUUUCCCCCUUUUCCUUGGACUAUGUGGGUAACUUUACCUUUGAAAGGGUAAGUGGCGGUCAGCUAAUAUUCAAGGGUUUUUGUUUUUAAAGUUCACCAUGGGGGUGCAAUUUGGUCCACUGGAUUAGGAACAGUAUUUUGUGGGGUUGGAACACCUUGGCGGUUCAGUCAUGUCCCCCGGGAUUCAGUCAUGUCCCCCGGGGUUCAGUCAUGUCCCCUGGGAUUCAGUUAUUUCCCCUGGCGUUCAGUUAUUUCCCCCGGGGUUCAGUCAUGUCCCCCGGGGUUCAGCCAUGUCCCCCUGGGGUUCAGUCAUGUCCCCCGGGGUUCAGUCAUGUCCCCCGGGGUUCCAGGACUCACAUUCUGUUCUAGAACAAGAUGAUAAUUCUAUUCCUUAAGGGGGUUUUAAGGUAGAGGACAUUGGAAAGGUGUUGUUACCCUCUGAGGACUAAGAUACAUAGGAUCAACAUGUUAACAAUGCCCUUUAAAUGUCACAGUGAGAUUUAACGAAGCGUUUGCUGCCAUGCUGUCUUUUAACGCUUCCUCGAUUAGUCUCCUUCAACCUUCCUCCACUUCCCCUACCGUCUCUGACUGAUAAUACCUCUUCAUAUCUCUCUCUCUCUCUCUCUUUAUCUUUCUCUCUCUUUAUCUCUCUCUCUCUUUAUCUCUCACUCGAUUAGUCUCCUUCAACCUUCCUCCACUUCCCCUACCAUCUCUGACUGAUAAUACCUCUUCAUAUCUCUCUCUCUCUCUCUCUCUCACUCGAUUAGUCUCCUUCAACCUUCCUCCACUUCCCCUACCAUCUCUAACUGAUAAUACCUCUUCAUAUCUUUCUCUCUCUCUCUCUUUAUCUCACUCACUCUCUCUCUCUAUUUAUCUCACUCUCAAAUUCUCUCUCUCUCUCUAUAUAUAUAUAUAUAUAUCUCACACACUCGCAAUUUCAUUUUCCUUCAUGUUAUACUAAAUAUCUCUCUUCAUACUUUCUUGAUACCUUCUCAAAACUCGCUGUCAUGCCACACACAGUUUAAUUUCCGAGCGCUUUCUCACAAGUCGACUUUGCUCCCGAGUGGCGCAGCGGUCUAAGGCACUGCAGCUCAGUGCUAGCGGCGUCACUAGAGACCCUGGUUCGAUCCCGGGCUGUAUCACAACCGGCCG